UACACAUUGCCUCCUUUCACUCUCACUCUGCCAGUCUGCAGUUCAACAUGUUGCCUGAGCGAUGCUGCGCUCCACAGUGGAAGCCAUCCUGCCGGUGUAUCGGCCGUGCACCACAGCCCGAGAGUCAGUUGUCCAUCUGAAGGACCUGUGUGAGGAGCACGACCCUCACAAACCCCAACCACUAUACGACAGAGAGGAACACAACACUAGCUCCAUGUGGAGGGAGGCCAUCCGAAAGAGGAGCUACUUGCUUGAGAGAAGCUCUAAGACUGGAGGAAAUGUAAAAGGAGGAGGAGGAGGUGUGCGUGGCCGAAGACAGAGGUCCCCAGACUGGCUGUAUGACUCGUACCAUCGUAUGAGCCAGCAGCACCCACUUAUUGUUUUUCUGCUCCUCAUUGUGAUGGGUGCCUGCCUAGCUCUGUUGGCUGUUUUCUUCGCCUCUGGGCUGGAUAUCGAGGAUCACGUCGCCUUUGUAAUCACUGUCCCCACGGCGCUGGCUAUUUUCCUCACCAUCUUUGUUCUGGUCUGUAUCGAGUCUGUCUUCAAGAAGCUGCUCCGUGUUUUCUCCUUGGUGAUCUGGGGCUGUCUGGUUGCCAUGGGUUACCUCUUUAUGUUUUUUGGAGGAAUCAUCUGUCCCUGGGAUCAGGUAAGAUAAGUGUGAUAUCAGCCUCUUAAGGUUGUUUUCAGUCAUGGGCCUUUUAUCUGAUGUUGUAUUCUUGACAACCAGUGGAAAAGAGUAAUGUGGGAUUUACUGGUUGAGGCUGAAUGGGCAAAAUAGCAAUAACUGCAUCAAAAAACAAAGUUCUGAUCUAUGGGACAGCCCCCAAUUAGCAUAUGAAUAUGCAUAAAAAGUCCUUGAGAGAAUUUCAGAGAAUUCCCAAUUAAAAAUGUAAUAAAUCCACAAAAUAAAA